GACCAGGGUGGAAGCCAGCUCACAGGGAGGACUGUCAGUUCGGUCGGUUCCAUCCUUUUGAAAAGACUGUCUGGGUUUUUGUCGUCUGUUGCGUUGAGUUGACUGACCACACCCUCCCUCCCGCUGCUUGCUUCACAAGGCGUCUCUUCUCUUCUGUCCUCUGCGCCGGUGUCAUUGCCAGCUCGUGCCCUCUUGGCCACCCGUCGUGACUGACCAGCAAAGAGUGUGUUGGGCACUCACCGAGAUGGGUUGUUCGUGCGGUAAGCUGCAGCCCCCGGAUGAGGACAUCCGCGACCGGUACAAGAUAGGCAAGGUGCUGGGGAGCGGCGCCUUCGGGCAGGUGCGGGAGUGCAUGCUCAAGGACACCAAGGAGCUGCGGGCUGUCAAGCUCAUGGAGAAGAAGGCCGGCGACAAGGGGCCCUGGUCCAACGAGAGCAUGUUCAAGAGGGAGAUUGCACUGCUACAGAAGAUCGACCACGAGAACAUCAUCAAGUUCUUCGACUUCUACGAAGAUAAGGUGAAGCAGACAGAUAGACAGACACGCACACACAUGGCCGGCCUCCUGCACUCACCCGUUGUUGUUCUCUCUCCGUCAGGUGUUUCUGUAUGCCGUGAUGGAGAAGUGUGACGGCGGCGAGUUGUUCGAGCAGGUCAUCAAGCGCAAGAAGUUCACGGAGCGGGACGCCAGCGUCCUGUGCCGGCAGAUGCUGAGCGCCCUGCACUACAUCCACAGCCUGGGCAUCGUCCACCGCGACAUCAAGGCAGAGAACUUCCUCUUCCUCGACAGGACAGAGACCUCGCCACUCAAGAUGAUCGACUUCGGCAUGUCCGCCAGGCUCGAGCAGGGCCAGUACCUCAACGAGGUCUGCGGAUCGCCGCACUACCUCGCGCCAGAACUCAUACGCAGACAAUACAACUUCCAGGCCAGUGUAGUGGCUUGUGGGUGGGUGGGCGAGUGAUGCGAGCCAGUGUGGUUGUGUUGUGUUGUGUGUCACACAUCGUACCGUAUCUCUUUGUUUGUGUUGUGGGUGUGGUUGUGGGUGCAGGCGGACAUGUGGGCGUUGGGCGUGCUGAUCUAUCUGAUGCUGUACGGGCGGUAUCCAUUCGACGGCCUGGGCACCCACGCCAUCGUCAAGGAGAUCAUGAACAAGAAGGUCGACUGGUCCCUCGACACCGUCGCCCACUCCCCCACAGCCGUCGACUUCAUGAAGCGGCUGCUCGAGCGGUCGCCCGACCGGCGGAUGGACGCUGCCACGGCCCUCAAGCACCCGUGGGUCAUGACGCUCGAGGAGGUGCCGGCCAGCCCCAAGACGAUCCCCAUGGAGGUCGUCAGGAGUGCGCACCGCAAGGUCACCAUCAAGAAGACAGAGGUGCCAAAGAGCGUCGAGGACCGAAGAAACAACGCCCUCAAGAAGCUCGAGGCUGAUUGGGCCAAGGGCAGGGUGGGCGGCAAGAAGAUCUCCGCCAACGUCUAUGGCGCGGCGUCGGGAAAGCUGCUGCCCGAGUACUCGAGGCCCGACAAGCGCCUCUCCACCACGCCAUCGCGGUUCCAGGGGGAGAACGACCAGAUCAAGAAGGAGCUCGACGAGCUGCGGGCGCUGGCACUGGAGCAGAUUGCCGAGGGAGACAUCAAUGGGGAGGCGGAGGCGGCAUCCGAGCAGCAGCCGCGCGAAAGCGACAACGGGAUGAAGCCCGAGGGCACGCCCACCGGCCUGCAUGCCGCCUACACACGUCCAAGCUGGAAGGACAAGGACAACAGGACGCCCAAGUCCCCCAACUUCCUGGGCGCCACUACCCAGGCGGCGUCAGGGGGCACAACCACAUCAGGUGGCGGCUCAUCGCCGUCGACAUCGGGCGGGCCGCACUCGGGCCGCGCCAGCAGGAGGGCCAUGUCGCUGCAGGUGGGUGACAGGACAGGGGGAAGGGAAGGGGAGGGGCAGACAACACUGACCCACAGGAACACGGAUGACGUUCUUGGUGCGUGUCUGUCUGUCUGUGUGCAGGGCACGGAGGCCCAGGUGCCGCAGGAUGAGCUGCGGGCCGCAGCGGAGGAGGCCGAGAAGCGACAAGUGCAGUCCACACUGCUGCCCUCCAGCAACGGGGGAUGA